UUGACGUUUCACGUUUGACAUUGCAUUGCGUAAAUUAGUUUCAAAUUUGAAUAGCCUGUUUUUUAGUAGAUUUUGUGAUUUGUCUGUUAUUUAUUAAUUUAAAACUACUACAUGCAUAUACAAAUUGUGUAACAACAAGCCAGUCAUGAGCAAACGAUAGUAAAAAUAUAGUCAUUAUUGGCCAUAAAAUUUCCAAAAAUGAUCAUUAAACUUUUCGAUCCAAUCCUAUUUUCCUGAUCCACAUUCGAUUAAAAAUAUUUUAUGAAGAUGAUUAACAGAAUAUGUUGUUUUUUGGUGUUAAUCUGUUAUUAUUCAGGAGUAUCGGCUCAAUUUUAUGAGAAUCAAAGAUGUCGCUGUGUUUGUCCAAGUCCAGCUUCUGUUUUUAAUAAGACUCAGAGUAAAAUGACAGAUAGAAAACUAUACAGUGCAUAUGUUCCUCCAAGUAAAUGUAACUGUGGUGGCGUUAUUUUGCCACAUGUAAGUGAUGAAAUAAGGGAUAACGCACAAGUAUUUUGUCCAAGAUGUGAUUGCAAAUAUGAAUCUAGAAAUACAACAAUUAUAAUGGUUGUUGUUAUAAUGGUUUUAUGGGUCUUAAUGUUACUUUCCGCUUAUUUAAUAUUUUUGAUGAUCCUGGAUCCAUUAUUAACACAAAAGCAACGAAAAGUCUACAUAGAUAUAAAGAAUGCAGAUGAAGCUCAAAGUUUUCUAAUCAACGGUGAGGAACCAGAAGACUAAUUAAGAAUUUAAUAAUGUUAUUUGGAUGUGAUAUUUAAUGUGAGAAUUAAUUUUUUUAUAAAAAUCUGAACUAGUUGUAAGUGUUGUCUAUUUUUUCAAUUUUUAUAUAAAUUUUUUCUUUAAGAAAUGUUAUUCGACUGUUACAUACUAUAUGCUUAAAAUGUUACUAUUUUGUGUAACUUCCAUAACAGAAAACAGUAAUAAAUAUCUAAAAAUCUUCAAAA